UCAAAUGAAAUGACUGGUUGAUUUGGAUUCAAUGGAUUCACUUUCAACUUUGUUAAAAAAUUUGACAAUUCAAAUCACGCGCGACUUGCUUAACCAAACAUCCACAUGAGAACAAGUGUUUUUUCAGCUUGAUGUUGACUUUCUCCACCAAUUUUUGUGUUUAAAUUGUUUUUUAUUUGAUUUUUCCGUGUUUUUCUGUUUUUUUGUGAAUAAUUCAAAUUAUUCAGUGUAUUAUCUGCGACAUUUGAGUAAGUUUCUCCAUAAUUUGAUGCUGAGUCAUAAGUUUUCCUCAUUUUACCUUACAAUUUGUUGAACAUGUGAUUUGUUUUUCUCACCACUUUGCAUUGUUUUUUAUGUUUGCAAUUACUUCAAGAACAAUUUAACAUCUGUGUCUCUAUUUUUGAUUACGAAUUUUGUCUACUGGAUAAAUAAACAUGAGUGAUUGCCAUUUAUAUCAGAGUCUACCAAAAAGUGUUGUCGAUGUAGCCGAUCGAAUGAAAUUUGUUCAUUUAAAAUAUCGAGUCAAUAAAGAAAGUGCUGAACAAUUUAUCAACAAAUGCGUGCCAGCUCUUAAAUCUGAAGGAUUAGGGGUAAAAUAUUAUUUUCUAGAAGACGAUUUCAAUAAAAAGUUGAAAGAAAAUGAACAGAAGGCUGAAAAGAGGAAAAAUGCCCAAAAAAUCGACAAAUUAAAUUCCAAGCAACGAAAACUUUUGUUUAAUGUUAAUCAAAAAAGCAACCUGCAGUAUGAGACUUUUGAAAAGAUUAAUAAUAUAUGGAAUGAUUAUAUUGGUUCAAUAUUACAAAACAAUCCAAAAGACGCAUCGUUGAGAUUAGCCAAAGCAGAUUAUCAUGGAGCAAAAUUUUGUGUUGUUGCUUCCUGCAAUCCAUCCCUUGUUGGUAUAGUUGGAAUUGUUGUACAAGAAACUAAGAACACUUUUAAAUUGAUAGAUAAACAAGAUAAGAUUCGAGUUAUUCCAAAGGAAGGAACCCUUUUCACUUUUGGACAUAACAACUCAAUUUACAAGCUCAAUGGAAGUCACCUGAAACUCAGUGCUCACAACAGAAGCAAAGUCAAAUUCAAAUCAAAAAAGAUAUCUCAAAAUAUUUAAAGAUGGGCCUUCAGCAUUUCCACCAAGUUUUAUUCACCUUAUACUCUUUCCAGCCAAUUCAAUCCAUUUAUAGUUUUGUUAAUGAAAUUACUCGCAGAUGAGUACAUGUAUAAAGGAAAAUGGAUGAACAAUGUUUCAUGAAAACACAACCUUGUGGCUUAACGUUUCUGAUUACACUAUUCUGUGCCUUCAAUUUUAUGGAUCAUCGAUUCAUCUCAAUGUCAACGAUAAACAGAUUAUCGUAUUAUCACUAUGUACACUCUAUUACCUGUGGCAAGGAUUUUGUUACCAAAAGGGAAAAAAAGUUUACCUGAAUUAAUAAAAAAAUCAGUCACUCAUACUUAUCAUACUGAGUAGACGAGACGAUGCAUGAAGAAAAGCAAGAAAACCCUUGAUUCAAAGUUAUCAAAUGAUGCCGGAUUAUGGUUGAUCAUCCCAUUGUCACUUUCAAAUCAAGAAAAUUUGAUCUCACAACAUUCAAUGUGAAUAUUUGUAUUUAUCAUGUUAGAUAUAUAUACAUAAAAAUACAAGUAUAACGUAAAAUGUAAUAUAAUUUCAUGUAUUCUUCUCUUUCUCUUUUUCUCAAUGUUAACAGAUAAAUCGUAUUAAUUUAUGCUCGAAAUAUUUUGAAAGGAAAAUCCUUUUUUUCCCGUUAAAUAAACCAAUAAUAAAAUUUCGCGUCUUGCUCAUCCA